AUGGCCUUUGAAUUGCCUCUGCAGUUCAGCUGUGAUUGUGCAGAUUCGGGAAUGGAUGCUCAACAUCUGACAACUAUAGUUGGAGAAGUAGUGAUGCUAUGGCAUGCAAUUUUUUGUGGUUGUCAAAGUAAUGGAGUGUAUCGUAGCAGUGCUCAUUCUAUACUACACUGGAUGAAAUUGUUGUCUCUUUUGGGCUCCAAAGAUCGUGACUUUUUGCUCUCUCCUACUGAAACUCAGGUGAAAAUUUCUGACAUUGAAGGCAAAGUUAUUGGCAUUUUAUUUUCCGCUAACUGGUAUCCACCUUGUCAAGAGUUCACUCGAGUGCUAGCCAAUUCUUACGAGCAACUUAAACACAGUGAUCCCGGAUUUGAGGUAGUCUUUGUCUCAUCUGAUGAAGAUCAGGACGCCUUCAAUAAUUAUCGUGCUUGCAUGCCAUGGCUUGCAGUUCCAUUCUCCGAUUUGGAGAUGAAGAGAGCCUUGAAUCGAAGGUUUGAUAUUGAAGGGAUACCCUGUCUAAUUGUUCUACAACCAAACAAGAAAGAAGGUACUGCAAUUCGAGAUGGGGUCGACCUUAUUUAUCGCUAUGGGAUACAAGCUUAUCCAUUUACCGAAGAGAGGUUGGAAGAAUUGCUGGAGAAAGAGAGAGACAAACACAAAAAUCAGACUCUUAAAGAUCUACUAACCAACAAUGAAAGAGAUUUUCUCUUGGGCCAUUCCACGCUACAAGUUCCUGUCGCUUCUUUAGCAGGGAAAACAAUUGGACUCUUUUUCUCGGCUCACUGGUGCCUUCCUGGCGUCAAAUUUACACCCAAGCUCGUUUCCAUAUAUCGGAAGAUUAAGCAAGAGCUGGCUGUUAAGGGUGAUGAGGACUUCGAGAUCGUGUUCAUAUCAAGUGACUAUGAUCAAACAACAUUUGAUUUGUAUUUUCAGACAAUGCCAUGGUUGGCACUGCCUUUAGGUGAUCUGGCCAUAAAAGAUCUCACCAAAUAUUUCGAUAUCAGAGGAAUUCCCAGCUUGGUAAUUUUGGGCCCGGAUGGAAAAACCGUCACCAAGCAAGGAAGGAACCUUGUAAACCUUUACCAAGAAAAUGCAUACCCAUUCACAGAAGCCAGAAUAGGAUUGCUGGAGAGGCUAAUGGACGAAGAGGCUCAGAAUCUCCCAAAAUCUGCGCACCACUCAGGACAUCGUCAUGAACUUAUGUUAGUAUCUGAAGGCAAUGGAGGGGGCCCGUUCAUAUGUUGUGACUGCGAUGAGCAAGGGUCCGGGUGGGCUUACCAGUGCAUUGAAUGUGGCUAUGAGGUGCACACCAAGUGUGUGAGAAUUGUAGGGAAUGAGUUGGUAAUUGAGAGCUAA